AUGACGGUCUCCAACGAACUACAUGGACGUCCUCUACCAAACCCUGAUAGAACUCUCUACGGGGUGUUUUAUGAGAACAUCGUGAAAUACCCGGAAAUAGUGGCAUUAGUCAGUACUCACCAACCGCCUACUCUCUAUGGAAUUUCGAGUGUGCCCAUUGACAGCGCCAACUCUGAGCCGGAAUAUCUACGAUGGACUUACCGGGACCUCGAUCGUGCUAUUCAGCGACUUGCGAUCAGUCUACAAAGUCUUGGCUUGAAGAGAGGUGACCCAUUGGUCAUGUUUAUGCCAAAUGUCGCUGAAUAUGUCAUUGCCACCUGGGCAGCCUACCAAAUCGGCUGUUCCUAUGUUCCAAUCAACCCUAAGGCUCUAUCCAACCCGAGAGAGCUGCGACACAUGCUUGAAACUGUCACAAAAGGGUGUCAGUCCGGACUGAUGGGCAUUAUUGCUGGAUCAUCUGAUAUGUGUGCGCGUAUUGAAGAGUUGACGUCUGGGUCGAACUGCGUUCAGAUAUUGCUUGAAGGACAUAUGAAUGGGUGGACACAAUUUAAGGACCUCAUGGAGAAUCCAGCGCCAGGUUUCCAGCAAACUCUAUGCCGAGACACCCACGCAGAACAUUCCGAUCGAACAAUUUUCUUCACGAGCGGAACGACAUCUCUUCCGAAAGGUUGCAUCAUGCCAUCAGCAUACGGCUUCGCGGCGGCCUUACGCUGGCGGGAAAGCAGACCAUUUCUUAACGCAGCCACAGUCGUGCUCCCAGGACCGAGGUUCAUUCCGGAGGCAGUGACAAAAGCCAUCCGGGAGGAGCAGGUGAGCCAUGCUGGAUUGGUGCCAACCAUGUUGCAUGCUAUGAGCAAUGUAUCACUUGCCUCUGGAAAACUCAUUUCCCUGAAGCGAAUCGUAAUGGGAGGUUCUAUCCCAACCGAAGAGGUCUUCCGCAUUUGUCUGGACACCUUGGGUGCGUCGGGAGUGGAGAAUCUUUAUGGCAUGACUGAGGGAAUUCUUGUUUCUUCUGGCAUCGUGAGCCAUAUCGAUGAAAUAAUCAAGGACGGAAAUGUUUCGAUCGGCACGCCACUUCCUGGGAUGUCUGUCCGUGUAUUCCGCAAUGACAGCAAAAUUCCAACUCAACCUGGAGAGGCUGGCGAGAUGCACUUCUCAGGCCCAAGUCUGAUUGAUGGAUAUGUUGGAGGGGCUGAUAGUAACUUCUACAACACGGAGGAUGGCAGUGUCUGGUUCCGCACUGGUGAUAAAGCUUUUAUUGGUAAUGACAAUCGUCUGUACCUAAUCGGCCGGUACAAAGAUACAAUUAUCCGCGGGGGCGAAAAUAUUGAACCAUCAGCCAUCGAAGCGGUUCUAGGCCAAAUCCCCGACAUCAGCCUCUUACAACCUCAGGUCGUUCGCGCACCAGAUAGUGUUGCCGGAGACGUUCCAGUUGUCGUCGUGAACCAGGAAGUCGAUGACUUCCUGGUAAAAAGGCUUAAAGACUCCGUCAUGGACCGGAUGGGAGAUCUUUAUGUUCCGGCAGAUGUCAUAUCAAUACAGGCACUAGAGCAAGAUGAAUACCCGAGAACCAUGGCCGGAAAGGUGCAAAAGGCCAAACUGGAAGAACUAGUUCGGGUGUACUGGGAGCACCAAAAUACACCAAACGAGUCUAGCAUCGAUGGGCCCAUUUCAGGUCCGCAAGUGAUGCAGUCAUUGUGCAUGGCCAUCGAAAGAGAAAAAAGACAUCAGAUUGACCUUUCUGCCCGAAUGGUUGAGCUAGGAGUGGACUCAAUCUCGUCAAUCGCAAUUCUCAAGCGAGUCCAGUUAGAAACAGGAGUAUCGUUACCAUCAUCUCUAUUCUUCACUCAGGCAACAGCUGGCUCAAUCUGCCAACAGAUCAGUUCGGUUUCAGACACCGCAGACUUCCUGAAUUUCUCACCCAUCAUGGAAGAUACGCCAAGCGAUAUAUGUCAUUCAGUCCUGCUCCAAGGGACUCCUCGACCUGGCGUUCCAUCCCUCUUCCUCACCCCUCCAGGCUCGGGAAAUGCUUUCGUGUACAGAACGCUGCCUAAGUUUACCAACGAUUAUGCAGUCUAUAGCUUCGGCUCGCCAUUCCUGAUGACAAAAUCAGAGUCUUCUUGGACGAUAGAAGAAACUGCCAUCAUAUACACGAACACCAUUCUCAGCAUUGAUCCCGAAGGUCCAUAUAUACUAUGUGGCUGGUCAAUGGGGACAUCUACUGCCUAUGAAACCGCAUACCAUCUUCACGCACGGGGAAAGAAAGUUCUGGGAAUAAUUAUGCUCGACUUGGCAUUGCCGCGGUCACCCGCCAAGAUCCCGGACGCAACCGUGGAUCUUUUUGAAAUGAUGGGCGUCUUCCCUCCAAUUCGUCGGAAAGGCAAACCUGACGUUGAGAUUCCUGCUUUUCGUAAAAAGCAUCGAGUCGCGGCUUAUUACGCGAAAAUGAAAUAUGUGCCUCGCCCUUUCGAUACACAGGAUGCAACCCGACCGCAGAUAUUUGUUAUUUGGGCUGGGCAUGGCGAUCAUGACAGAAUGUCAGAUAUGGUACUCGAAGCAAUGGAUCUCUUGAAGAAAGAAGGACCAGGGACAAAGAUGCAAAUCAGCCAUGACUGGCUUCAGACUCCUCGCGAAUCUUUUGAUGCUGGUGGCUGGGAUGAAAUGGUUGGACCAGAGAAUGUGAGGUGGGGUAUUGUUGAGGACGCAGAUCAUGACACACUUAUAGAGUCGGAAGAACUGGUGGUUUUGACGAAGGGCUUGAUGGAGGAGACAAUUGAUAAGUGGGUGCGAGAAAUGGAGUCCAUGCCUAACGGUUCGGAUUGA